GGUUGGACAAACCCUCAUCCUCCUCACUCGUACAAUACAGAAGGGCUGGGGCUUCUUCACUUCCAGAUCUGUCCUCCUCUCCUUCUCUUCCACUGAUUUGUUUCUGUUCGUUUGGCCAUUCUUCUUUCUCCUCAACAUUCUGGUAACAAGGCAACUUGUUGAUUUUGCUUCUCGAAACGGUUGGAACAUUUUGCGAGGGGGUUGUCUUCCAGCUUGUGGAAAAUGGAGAAUUCGAUAGUUCAAGAGAUAGUGGAAAAGCAAGUGCUGACGGUGGCGAAGGCCGUGGAGGAUAAGAUCGAUGACGAAAUUGCAGCUAUAGAUCGUCUCGACCUCGAUGAUUUGGAGGCUUUGAGGGAGCGGAGAUUGCAGCAGAUGAAGAAGAUGGCGGAGAAGCGUAGUCGAUGGAUCUCUCUUGGCCACGGCGAAUACUCUGAGAUUCCCGUCGAGAAGGACUUCUUCUCCAUUGUCAAGGCUAGUGAUCGCGUGGUCUGCCACUUUUACCGUGACAAUUGGCCCUGUAAGGUUAUGGACAAGCACUUGGGUAUUUUGGCAAAGCAGCAUAUUGAGACGCGUUUUGUCAAAAUUAAUGCCGAGAAAAGUCCAUUUCUGGCUGAGAAGUUGAAGAUCGUUGUUCUUCCAACCCUUGCUCUUAUCAAGAAUGCAAAAGUGGAUGAUUAUGUGGUGGGAUUUGAUGAGCUUGGUGGAACUGACGAGUUCAGCACAGAGGAAUUGGAAGAGAGGUUGGCAAAAUGUCAAGUCAUCUUCUAUGAUGGUGAAUCGUCCAUAAAUGCUUCAAAAUCUAAUGCACAAACCAGGAGAAGUGUGCGGCAAAGCACAAGAUCAGACUCAUCAGAUUCGGAAUAAAUUAACAUUUCAGGUCUGCGAGGUUCUGUUCAUAUCUCACCCCUUGAAUGCAAAUUUUUACUUAAUGGGUAUCUCUUAAGUUCUUGCAGUAGCUGUUUUUUAGAAAGAUAAAGUUCUUGGCUAGAAAAACAUGAAAUCAUCUUGUGUACUUAAUGGGUAUCUCACCCCUUGAAUGCUAAUUUUUACUUAAUGGGUAUCUCUUAAGUUCUUGGCUAGAAAAACAUGAAAUCAUCUUGUGUACUGAAUCAUGUGGGGGAGUCCUAUGGACCCAGCAGUUGCAUUUUUUGUGUUUGAUCU